AUACCCUCUGCAUCGAGGGAAAAUUUGUUUGUUGCUAUAGUUGGUUAUCGUUGCAUACGCAUUAGUAUAAGACAAGAGUAUCAUUCUGGACCUGUUGCACAUGGUGUGCUGUUAUUUAGUUUUAGCUUAUAAUUGCAAGCGAAAAGAGUGGUAGUAGUAACGAAUUAGCAUUCGUAGAUUUCGCUCAGUAAUAAUUUUAGUUCUAGUGAAUUAGAUUAUUCAAAAUUAUGAAGCUUCUUGGAAAAGUUCUUGUAACUUUAUUGAUAGGUUGCGCGUACACCCUGAACCUUAAUAAACGCGAAGACUUUGGAAAUCUAAAUCAACCAGGAGUACAUUUUGGUAACAGCGGAACUAGUUCAUUUGGUGGCAGAGGAAAUAAUCCAUUUGGUAGCGUUGGUAAUUCACAGGCAAACGCAAAUUUUAUGCAGGCCCAAAGUAUGCUAGCGCAGCUCUCAGCAAUGAUAAAACAGAAAUGUGAACAAACUGGACAUUCUGACGUAUUUCAGACUUUUCAGGCACAGUUUGAGCAGACUACAAAAUGCAUGGAAGGCAAAAUAAAUUUAAACGGAAAUGUUGUUGGUGAAGACUUUAGUAAUGCUGCACGAACUAACCAGCUACCUAACUUUUUUAAGAAAUACUGUAAGCUUUGGCCUGACGUUCAUGGGUGUACUCAGCCUAUUGUGACUUCUAUUGAAAAAUGUUUGAAUAGCGAUGAAAAGCGCGCUGUUGAAGAAUCAGUUUCUCUCCUCGAUGACACGAAUAAUUUCUUCUGCGAAAACAAUGCUGAUCGCAGUAUAAGACUACUUAAUGGUAAUAUUGUGCAAUGUUUGCAGACUGUAGGUAGAGAGAUCCAAGAAUGUGCAACAAAUCUGGCGCAGAAGAGGCAAACUCACCAAAGUGGCCGAAAGAGCUUGUUCCCUUAUGAUGAAGAGGACUGCAGCGACUUCAAGACUGGCCGUCAAUGCAUCAACUCAAAGCUAACUAAAUGCGAAUCAAAAGAUCCUUCCAAAAUCUUUGAUGACUAUUUUGCAAUGGUUCAAGGCAAGGUUUGCAGAUCAGCGUCAAGCUUGUCUUAAUUUUAGUUUGCUAAUAUUUUGUUAUCGGUAGGAACCUACUUGUAUUCUAGGAUGUUCUAAGCCAUUAUGGUAUAGGAUAAUUAGGUAAACACUGCCUACCUCACGAACGUUCUUGAAUAUAAAAGCUUCUGACCAAAUACUCUGAUUGUAUAAGGUCCGCUUGCCACUAUGCUAAAUUUAGUACUGAAAUUAGUACUAAAAAUAUUGUAUCUACAAAUUAGAUGCGCGCGCCGAUUUAGUACUAAAAAUUAAAACAUGUUCUAAUUUCUUGUACUGAAAUUGACACAAUAUUAAAAAGUGAGGUUGUAUUGUAUAUUAGGUACUUUUGUUUUUUUUAUAGGUACAUAAUAAUAAUAGUGAUUUCAACUUUCAACAUGUGGAGAAAAAGGCAGAUUGAAACAUUAAUAGAGUUUUACAAAUCGAAUCAAUGAUCAAUGUUUGUAUGUGCCAAAGCACCCUCUCUAUAGAAUAGGAACGCACGAAUUAAAGUUUUGGAAGAAAUAAAGGCAGAAUUAGCCAAACUAGGUGUGGAUAUAUCUCUAAUAGCAGAAAUAAAAGCCAAGUUUGCCAGUUUUGCAAAAAUACUUCUUCCCAUCUUUUAUUGUUAAUAAGUUAAUGGCUUGCCACUUGCAAUCUCAAUUAGUAAAGCUCCUAUCUAUGAACCUUGAGUAAAGCUCAUGUAAAUUUAGUAGGUAGAGUGCAUGCCUAAUGCUGAUUACAAUUCGGAUAGUUGCAAACACAAACUUGGCACAAACUGACUUUUUCAUACUAAAUCGACUCGCGCAACUAACCAAUAUUUUUAGUACUGAAAUCAGUACUGAAAUUAGUAUAAUGGCAAACGGGUCUAAGUCUGCAUAAUGUUGUUUAUAUGUGAGACUAUUACAGCAACAAUAGCCUAAGCUCAAAAUAGUAUAUUGUGCAACAAGUGCAGAAAGGUACUAAUUUCUCACGAGUUUGAAAAGUUGCGGUACGAGCGCAAGCGAGUGCCGCGAUUCAAACAAGUGAAAAAUUACCUUUCUGUACGUGUUACACACUAUACUUUUUCUACAACCACAGUUUUUGCUAAAAAUAAAAAUCACAAUUUCCAAACGAAGAUUUAUUAUAAAAAUAAAUUAUAAAUUUUAAAUUGUAUAUUAAUAAUUAAUACUAAUCAAUUUAAAUUCCUUAUACCUAAACAAAUUGUAAAAAAAUCAGUUAAAAAAUUAAUGCACUGACUUAAUUUAUUUGAAUUUAAUAGUUAUUUAUUAUAUAAGUGUUAAAAGUACACGUUUAAGGCACGCAUGUGAAAGUUUGCAGAAUGAGCGAUAGCGAGUUCUGCAAUUGACAUGAGUGCCUUAAAAAUGUACUUUUUAACACGCAUAUCAUACAAUAUUUUUUCUACAAACGUAAUUACAGGACAAUAUCUACAAAGAUUUUACUUGAACUUGAGUGACAUUACAUUUUUAUAUUUUUUUGACAUUGCAUCAAAAUUGUCUAUACGGUCAAUACAAAUUGCAGUGCCAUAAAAAUUUUAAAGCACUAGUGCCUUAAAGUAGCAUUUUUAAUGCUCUUAUGGAGUGCUAAAAAUUGCAUUUUUAAAACGGUUGUAGAAAAACUAUUUUAAAUAAUUAUUACAAAAUAUUGUCACAUUUGACAUUAUAUUUAUACACUCACGGAUUUACACCAUAUCUACUUCAUUCGACGUAUCUUGCUGAUGUUGCUAAAUCCUUAUUGGUUAAUUGAUAAUUAUAAAAUGUUUAUUAAGAAUAAAAUUGUAAAAUAAAACAGUUAUGACAUCCAUAUUUUAAUUUCUAUUCGAUAAUUAAGAAUAAUAAUUGUCUUACAAGUUGUACAUUUGUCUACACUUUAACCACAGAUUUAAACAGAAUAUAUAACGUUACUCAGAAUGAAGUAGUAAAAUACCAAAUGUGUUCAAAAAUAAUGUGUUAAAGUAGCGAAUUUUGCAUAUUUCUCGGACAUGAGUUAAAUCGGUUCUAUUUUGAAAAGAUCAACUAUCAAAUCUAAUAUCAUCUAAACAUGGCAUAAUUAUAUUUAUGAAUAUAUUGUGGAAUGUAAUGGUACUGUGAUAUUUUCUCACAGUAUAAGAUUUAUGACAUUAGGGUGUAGAAAAGUGACGUUUCUGUGCAGGAAAUUUUUCUGCACAGAAACGUCACUUUUCUGCACAUUAAUGUCAUAAAUCUUAUACUGUGAGAAAAUAUAAACUUUGCUAACAUAAAACUGUGCAGAAAAUUGCACUUUGACUAGUGGUUGUAGAAAAACAAAAUUUUGAGAUAAAUGCAAUCUUUGCAUUCGUAUUUUCAUUAUGUUUAUAUGCAUCUAGCCAAAUAUAGAGGUAGGUUGUGUAGGUCCCUGUUAAUCCGUAGAUUUAAUGUUGCUACUUUUAUUGAUAUAUUAAUUUAAAAAUGCUUAAGUUGUGGCUUAGGACACUGUUACUCUGAAGGCCAAUAGGUACCUCGCAGAUACUUAGGUAGGUACCCUUACCAGGCCAUUAAAAUGGCGUUUUUUUUUUAUAUUUUAAAGUACUUACCUAAAUAAGGAAAAGAAUAUUAUUCAAAAAAUAAUAAUUCUAGCAGUCAUUUAAAUUCUACAUUCUUGUUUAUACAACAAAAUAUUUUGACUUUCAGUAAAGACCGCGUCUCACCAUCAAAUAAUUUGAUCAAACAGUUUGAGCAAACUCCGGAAAUACGUCAAAGUGACGUCACAAUUGCAGUUUUUUAAAAUUCUAAAAAUCUGUGCUCUCACUAUCAGUCUAGUUUGAUCAAAUUUUUUGUAUUGAGUUGUCUAACUUGUUUGUACUUUAUUUAAAAUUAAAAUUUUUCAUUAUUAUCCACAAUGAACACUCAGGAUGUGACGUCACUAACUGUCACUUUCAGUUUGCUCAAACCAGUUUGAUCAAAUUAUUUGAUCGUGGGACGCGGCCUUCAGUUUGCUCAAACCAGUUUGAUCAAAAUAUUUGAUGGUGGGACGCGGCCUUAAGACUCCAGACAUAAUCUACUGGUAUGCAACCAACAUUACACAGUUUUACACUGUUGGGAAAUAUAUUAAAGAAACUAGACAGUUCAACUUUGGUAUUGUGUUAACUUGAAUAUAAUAAUCGGUCAUUCUAGAUGUUAAUCCAAUGACUCUAAAAUGAUUCUCAAUUAUUGAGCAAGUCCUAUGUAUCUACUACAUACCUCAUACCUAAAUUCUAGUGUGUUCAGUAAUAUACUUGAAACAUUUUUCUAACAAUUCAAGCAUUUUAGUUUGGUUUUAGUAUUUUAUCACAAACAAUUUAUUUACUAGGUACAAUAAAUGGUUAUAAUUAUGUUCUUGUAAUCUCGCCGGUCCAGAAUGAGAAUGACUUAACUGCAAAAAUCCAAAUUUCUAAGGAGAGCAAAAAACUAUUUUUAAAUAAAUUAAAAUAGGGAUUAAAUGAGAAGUAACCAUCACGGAGUAUCGGUAUGGAGUUUCUUCUUACAACUAUGGCUUUUAUUUUGUCCCUAUUGGUCCGAAUUUCAAUAUCCUAAUGUAAUCCCCCCAUUUUCAACCCCUUUUACAGUUGCGUCAUUCUUCAUCUAAAAAGUUUUAAAUAUUAAAAAUAGUGAUUAAAUAAAGAGUAACCAUCCGGAGCAUCGGAAUGGCGUUUAAUCUUAUAAGAUAGCUUUUAGUUUCAUCCCUAUUGGUUCGAAUUUUAUUAUCCGAAUUUAAUCCCUCCAUUUCCAACCCUAUCUACAGUUGCGUCAUUCUUGAUCUUAAAAUUUUUCUGUCCAAAAAAAAACUAUUUUUAAAUAUUUAGUAUGCCGUUUAAUCUUACAGCAAUGGCUUUUAUUUUCAUCCCUACUGGUCCGAAUUUCCUUAUAUUAAUUUAGUCGCCCCAUAUUCAACCCUAUUUAAAGUCAUUCGUGUUCCGGACCGGCGAAUACACCGUAUUUUUCCAUUUCUACAGCUCGGGUGUAAAGGAUGCAAGCAAGUAGAUUGUUUAAGCACAGUUUAAUGCUAAAGAAUCAGUUAAUUAUCUCUCGAAUUUUGACAGUUUCAGUUUUGCAAUCCACUCAUGACACAAAAUUUUGAAUGCGCGACGAUAACGACCAAUCAAGGCAAACGUAGGAUGCCGUUGGAUGUCAUUCAUCUGCGCUAAGGACUAACAUUUUUGAUGCGCCAAAUAGUCCAGUCGCGUUAGACGAACAACAGGUCUAACCUUGCAUUAGGAGCUGCCCCAAAUUUUAUUUUUCUAAUAUUUAGGGGGGCUCAAUAGUACCGUAAAUUUAAAAUCUCGACUGAAUUCCACCGUUGCGUUAGCCGCCAUCAUGAUUUUAAACUAGAACUGUUUUUGCUCAAUAUCUCCCCCUUUUUCAACUUUUCGACAAAAAGUAUAACAACCAAAAUUGUUUGGAAUGCGAUUUUCUAUCAUUUCUAUUGUUACAAUUUUUUCGUGCCGUCGAUAUUUUCCGAGUUAGGGCGGAAAAUAGUGACAGUUUUGAAUAAUUAUUAAAUUGUCCCGUUUAUUAUUAGUUUUACGACAAAAAUGUUCCAAUACAAAAAUAGAGAGAAUUAAAUUCUACACAUUUUUUUGCUAAAGUUAAUAUUUAAGGUAGUAGGUAUCCGGUAAUGGCGCGAGCGUAAGACCCGAUUGAUUUUGAAGCAAUUGCUUUUGUUCAAUAUCAACGCCACUUUCAACUAAAAUUGUUCCAAAUAUGAUUUCCUAUAAUUUAUUUUUAACAAUUUUUUUCCUGCGGUUGAUAUUUUCCGAGUUAAGUGGGAAAAUAUUAAAAAGUGGUGGGGGAGCAUAAUUAUUGAAUUAAAUCUUGUUUCUGAGCUGCCCCAAAUUUUAUAACUCUCUUCUUUAAGGGAGAUCAAUAGUAGUGUAAAUUUAAAAUCUCGACUAAAUUCCUCGGUUGCAUUAGAGGCCACAUUGAUUUCAAAGGAGAACCGUUGUUGCUUAAUUUCUCCGCCAUUUUCAACUUUUCGACAAAAACGGUAGUAACUAAAAUUGUUUGAAAUUUUAACAAUUUAUAAUGGGAAAUAAGCCACAAUAUUAUUAAAAAAUGAUUUUUAUUAACGUUUCGACGCCCAAAUCGGGUGCCGUUGUCAAAAUACAAAAUACUACUAACAUAAACAAAAAUGGUGUUGCUUAGUAAAAAAAUUCUUCCAAUAAUUUAUUUAAUUUGACUCAUUUAUAUCGGCAAUUCAGAUACAUAUGAUACAUUUUAAAGUAGAAGACUUUAAAAUGAUAUUGCCAAUAUUGACCAAAUGACCAUUUUGCUACCAGACUUUCACCAUGUAAUCUAGUCACACCACAGCUCAGAUGUUACCUGGGCCAUUAUUUUAAAAUAGUUUAAACAUCCAUGCUCUAAUUGGCAUUUUUAACUGUUGUUUCCUUAACGGACCACUUAUACAGGGCUUUGGCCCACAUAUUUUUGUUAAACUAUAUCUUGGUGCUUAGCAUGUAACCUUCACGUAAGCACUGCACUGAUGAUGACUGGUAAAACAGUCGAAAACUAGUUAUGUGAUUGUGAUGUAGCCCUUUUUAGGGAUUUUAAAUAUAUACCUUUUAUAAAGGAUUUACUAUUUUUUGUAUUACAUGGUAUACAGCCAACUACAGGAAAACUUUUUCCUUGUGGAUUUUGACUUAAUUUUAUUAACUAGCGGGUUUUAUUGGUUGAAUUUGUCUGUCGAUAAUUAAGUUUCAUGUCAGCUAACAUAUUUUAAUAUUUCAACAAUUUUUUUUGAAUUUUGGACCCUGUUGGGGGAAAUUUCCCCCCUUGUAGACCCGCCACUGGUUUUCUCGAAAAUUGUAGUAAAUCGUAAUUGCAACAAUUUCAGUCCUUACACUUUUUGCCGAAAAGUUAAAAAUGGCGGAGAUAUUAAACAAAAACAAUAGCUAUAAAAUCAAUCAGGUGUUACGCACUCACCUUUACCGCAUACGUAAUACCUUAAAUAUUGAUUUUAUCAAAAAAUUUAAAAACAUCAAAAAUGUACAAAAUUUAAUUCUCUUCAUUUUUGUAUAGGUCCAAAUUUGUUGUAAAACUAAUAAUAAACGAAAUAAUUCAAUAAAUCAAUAAUUAUGCUCUAACUGUCCCCAUUAAUUAAUCUUUCCCCCAUAACUCGGAAAAUAUCGACCGCGCGAAAAGAAUAUAAUAAACUAAAUUAUAGAAAAUCAUAUUCUAAAUUUUCAGCUUCUACACUUUUUGUCGAAAAGUUGAAAAUGGCGGAGAUAUUGAACAAAAACGGUUCUCAUUUAAAAUCAAGAUGGCGGCUAACGCAACGGUCAAAUUAAGUCGAGAUUUUAAAUUUAUACUACUAUUGAAGCCCCUAAAGAUUAGAAAAAUAAAAUUUGGGACAGCUCGUAAUGCAAGGUCAAAUGCUAUCCCGACGGGGCUAAAAAUGGAACAUAGACAAAAAAGGAUUUUUGCGGAGUGAUCCUACCGAUUCUUGAGCAUUAUACCUGAGAAGGACCAUAUUAUAAAUUAUUAUCUUUAAUUUUCUUUAUUUAUGUGCCUGUUAUUUACAUGAAACCACAAUAAAUAUAGUAACAAACAAAA